CGACAAAGCAUACAAAAAUAAAAGUAAAAGUAAAAGGACGUACAAUGUCCGCAAGUUACCUUCAUACUUCUUAUAAUCUGUACGUCGACCCCGAUGCAUACACGUUCGAGCCCAUCGUCGCAGGCGCAUCAGAACCGAAUGAGACGCUUGUCAUUGAUCGUCGGACGGAGAGCAUAGUCCUCAAUCCGGCCCGCAGGCAUACCCCAGUAGCGCAUGAGAGGGUUAUCAGGGUAUAUGGUAUUUUGGGAAUUCUAUCCCUCACCACCGCCGACUUCCUCAUCGUAAUCACUAACCGGGCAAGGCAUGGACGACUGAUCGGCUCCGAGAUUUACCUCGCAACGGACUUCAAAGUGCUUCCCAUACCCAGCACUGCCAACAGCGCGCAGCUCCUCGACCACCCCGUAGAGAAACGCCUUCUGACACUCGUGAAGAACCACCUCGACUCGGGAAAAUUCUGGUUCUCCUAUGGCUGGGACUUGACCAGGAGGUUACAGUCGCAGUGGGGGGACGUGAAAGUUGAGGGAGAGGGGUUGUGGAGGAAGUGUGACGAGAGGUUUUGGUGGAAUCGGUAUUUGAGCGAGAGGUUCAUUGAGGUGACGGAACAGGGGCAGGAUCUCUCCCGCUUCAUUCUUCCCGUCGUCUAUGGGUCCUUUGAUAUUCGCCACUGCGUUAUCAACCGUCGUCCCUUCCUCUUCUGCCUCAUCUCUCGGCGCUCACGUUACCGCACCGGCACGCGCUACUUCGCCCGAGGCAUCGAUGCAACAGGGCACGUCGCAAACUUUGUCGAGACCGAGCAGUUGGUUCUGCUCGACCCCGAAGGGCACUCACUAGGCGGAGGGAGGAUUGAGGGUCGUACACGACUCAGCUUCGUCCAAAUGCGCGGAAGCACACCGAUCUUCUGGGCCGAGGUGAACAACCUCCGCUACAAGCCCGACGUGCAGAUUAUGGAAGUCCCCGAAACCACGGGUGCGUUACGGAUGCACCUGGAAGAGCUGAACAAGCUCUACGGAACGGUGUAUCUUGUGAACUUGGUGAACCAGACGGGACGCGAGAAGCACGUCAAAGACGCGUAUGAGAAAUAUGUCCUGGAGGCGGAUAUGCCGACGGUUAAGUAUGAGUACUUCGACUUCCACCACGAGUGCAGGCAUAUGCGUUGGGAUAGGAUACAGCUGCUCAUCGACAGGCUCGAGCCGGCGCUGAAGAGCGAGGGGUACUUCCGGCAGGAGCUUGGCCAGCCUCAGCCCAUUCACAUGCAAACCGCUGUCGUACGCUCCAACUGCAUGGACUGCCUCGACAGGACAAAUGUCGUCCAGUCCGCUUUGGCAAAAUGGAGCUUGUUGCAGCAAUUGCGCGUAACGGGUAUUUUGGGCAAAGACGAGCGGUUGGAAGAUCAUAUGGACUUUAUGAACAUCUUCCGGGAGGUCUGGGCAGACCAUGGAGAUGCCGUUGCCUUCGCUUACGCCGGCACGGGUGCGCUCAAGUCAGAUUUUACCCGCACAGGCAAGCGUACGCGGGAGGGAGCGAUCAACGACUUCAUGAACGGUGCAUCGCGAUACUUCAAGAACCAGUUCUUGGACGGUGCGCGACAAGAUGCGUACGAUUUGUUCACGGGCGCGUGGCGUGCCCGGAGAGGCGCUACCGUCGCUGGGUGGGAACAGAGGAGCGUGCUCGUAAGGAGCAUGCCGUACGUUCUCCUCUUUGCGCUGGUCAUGCUCGCAGCGGGAGCGCUCCUUCCGCGGUCUACCUCGACCCUUCCCAUCCUCCCGUUCAACAUCAUAUUCACGCUCCUUGCGCUCCUAAGUCUCUACUUCAUCCAAGCUCACGGGGUGUCCUACGUCUCCUGGCCGCAGCUCAACCCGCCAAUCGACAUGCUCACCUACUCCGGGCCAGGCUUCCGAGAGCCCCAACACGGUCGAGGAGAUUUGGGAGUGGCAUUCCCCCUCCUUGGACUUGCAAGACCGGCCAAGGGACGGGUGAUGAACGAGAAGAAACAGGAGAGGAGGAGGAGGUUGAAUAGCGCUGUCAGGGUAGAGGAGAUGGAGAUGGGUCCGAAGAAGAGGACUGAUUAGCGAGCUUGGUGUUAACUUACACUUUAUUUCCAAAGAUUUG